CAACUCACACAUCACUCACAUGUCUACUACUCACUCUGCUAACCCCUGCCGAGCCCUGCCCCAAUUUCAUUCUUCCUCUGGAAACAGGGGAAGAGGAAGAGGCGGAAUCUAAACCAAAAGAAUCAUUAAUGGGAGGAGCUUCCGAGGACGUUCUGCCCUGGCUCAAAUCACUGCCGGUGGCGCCGGAGUACCGCCCCACCGUCGCCGAGUUCCAAGAUCCAAUCGCCUACAUAUUCAAGAUCGAGAAGGAAGCUUCCAAGUACGGCAUCUGCAAAAUCAUCCCUCCCUUCCCGCCUUCCCCAAAGAAAACCGCCAUCGCCAACCUCAACCACUCGCUCGCCGCCGUCGCCGGCUCCACAUUCACCACGCGCCAGCAGCAGAUCGGCUUCUGCCCCCGCCGUCCGCGCCCCGUCCAGCGUCCAGUCUGGCAGAGCGGCGACCACUACACCUUCCACCAGUUCGAGUCCAAGGCCAAGUCCUUCGAGAAAACGUACCUCAAACGCCACGCCAAGAAGGGCUCGGGCUCAGCCUCGGCCUCAGCCUCGGGCUCCGGCCUCGGCCUCAGCCCGCUCGAGACGGAAACGCUCUUCUGGAAGGCCACGCUGGACAAACCCUUCUCCGUCGAGUACGCCAACGACAUGCCGGGCUCCGCGUUUUCCCCCAAAUGCCGCGACGCAGGGGAUCCCAGCUCCCUCGCGGACACUCCCUGGAACAUGCGCGCCGUUUCUAGGGCCAACGGCUCGCUCUUGCGCUUCAUGAAGGAGGAGAUUCCCGGCGUCACUUCCCCCAUGGUCUACGUCGCCAUGCUCUUCAGCUGGUUCGCCUGGCACGUCGAGGACCACGACUUGCACAGUUUGAACUACCUCCACAUGGGCGCCGGCAAGACCUGGUACGGCGUCCCGCGCGACGCCGCCGUCGCUUUCGAGGAAGUCGUUAGGGUUCACGGCUACGGCGGCGAGAUUAACCCGCUCGUUACUUUUGCUAUUCUUGGUGAGAAAACCACAGUGAUGUCGCCUGAAGUAUUUAUUAGUGCAGGUGUUCCAUGCUGCAGGCUAGUACAAAAUGCUGGGGAAUUUGUUGUGACGUUUCCAAGAGCCUAUCACACAGGGUUUAGUCAUGGCUUUAAUUGUGGAGAGGCAGCAAACAUUGCAACACCUGAGUGGUUGAGGGUUGCUAAAGAUGCUGCAAUUCGGAGGGCUUCACUAAAUUAUCCUCCCAUGGUUUCACAUUUCCAGUUACUUUAUGACCUUGCCUUAGCAUUGUGUUCUAGAAUUCCAGCGGGCAUCAGUGCUGAACCUCGUAGUUCUCGUCUUAAAGAUAAGAAGAAGGGUGAAGGAGAAACAGUAAUUAAAGAACUAUUUGUCCAAGAUGUGUUACAGAACAAUGAUCUGCUUCAUAUACUUGGGAAAGGAUCUCCUGUAGUAUUUCUUCCUCGUAGCUCAGUUGACAUUUCUGUUUGCUCAAAAUUACGUGUUGGAUCCCAGCAAUCCAUCAAUGUAAGCAAUUCUGAGGGAAUGCAUUCCUCAAAAGGUUUUGUUUCUGAUGAUCUGGUAUUCAACAGGAGUCAUGGAAUCAAGCAAGAAAAAAGUUUCUAUUCUGUGAGAGACAAGUUUACUACAUUGUAUGAAAGGAACAGGAUUUCCUCUUUUGAUGCAAAUGGUAAUGUAAGCACUUCCAGUUCUAAGCCAAUUCAAAGAGACAAUGAAAGAGAAACUAGCCAAGGAGAAGGAUUAUCAGAUCAGAGACUGUUUUCUUGUGUCACGUGUGGAAUAUUAAGCUUUUCCUGUGUUGCUAUUGUACAGCCUAGAGAACCAGCAGCUAGAUAUCUAAUGUCAGCUGAUUGCAGCUUCUUUAAUGAUUGGGUUGUUGGCUCUGGAGUAUCAAGCAAUAAAUUUACUAUUGCCCAUGACAGAGCAACUAUUCCUGAGCCAAAUAUGUAUACAGGAUGGAUGAAAAAGAAUGUCCAAGAUGGUAUACAUGAUGUUCCUGUUCAAUCUUCUCGGGAGGCUUUAAACACUAAAAGUGAAAAUGGCAAUACAGCUCUUGCAUUAUUGGCUUCGGCAUAUGGAAAUUCUUCUGACUCUGAGGAAGAUCAGAUUGCAAUUGACGGUCAUGAAUCAAAUGUGAUAAACCCUGCUUCUGAAAGUUUACUUUCUCAUACUCAAGAUACUCAAGAUUCCCAUGCUAGUCCCAUGACUGUACUAGAUAGGAGAGAUGAUAUUCCUUCAAAGAGUGCUGAUUAUGAGGAUUUUAUGCAUCGUAGAUUUGAGUGUAAUUUGAGUCAUCAGUCCUUAGACCACUCGCUUAAGAAACAGGAUUAUAAUAUCACAUCAGGGGUUACAUUUGAAAAUUCAAGGACGGUUCCUAAUUCCACCUCUAAUUGUUCCCAAGAUGCUCAUGAUGCUGAAAGGUCGUUGUCUAACAAGCCUAUGAUUCCCUUUGAUAAUAAAAAUGCUUCAAUGGUGCUACAAUCCGAUGAAGACUCAUCCAGAAUGCAUGUUUUUUGUCUAGAGCAUGCUAUAGAAGCAGAGCAGCAACUUCGUCCAAUAGGUGGAGCCCACAUAUUGCUCCUUUGUCAUCCAGAUUAUCCCAAGAUAGAGGCUGAAGCAAAAUUGGUGGCAGAAGAUUUGGGGAUUGAUUACAUGUGGAAGGAUACUGCAUACAGGCAUGCUUCCAAGGAGGAUGAGGAGACGAUCCAAUCGGCUUUGGAUAGUGAGGAAGCUAUUCCUGGGAAUGGUGACUGGGCUGUAAAGCUAGGAAUCAAUCUCUUUUAUAGUGCAAAUCUGUGCCGCUCUCCUCUUUAUAGUAAGCAGAUGCCUUACAAUUCUGUUAUAUACUAUGCAUUUGGUUGUAGCUCUCCAGCAAGCUCACCUGUAGAGCCAAAGGUCUACCAAAGAAGGGUCAACAAGCAGAAAAAGGUUGUUGCUGGGAAAUGGUGUGGUAAAGUUUGGAUGUCCAAUCAGGUACAUCCCCUUUUAGCAAAAAGAGAUUCUGAAGAUGUUGAGGAUGAGAAACUCAUACUUGGGUGGAUAUUAUCUGAUGAGAAAAUUGAGAGAUCAGAAAGUACCCCCAAAAGUGAAACUACUAGCAGAAAAUCAGGUAAGAAAAGGAAAAUGACUGCAGAGAAUGGACGAACCAGAAAAGGUACUAAUGUUAAGAAAAAUGUAGUUUCAGAUAAUUCCACUGAAGAUAAACCCAACUCACAGCCAAGGAGGAUUCUUAGAAGUAAGAAGAAAGCCAGGCAUGUUGACAGAGACGGUGCUGCUUUGAAAGGGGAUUAUUCUCCUCCAUAUCAUCAUAGAAAACCUAUAAGCAAGCGAACAAACUGCACUGAAAGUGAUGCGGUUUCUGAUGAUUCGCUUGAUGAUGAUGAUGAUUACAUGCAGCAUAGGAGGAAUGUUAAUGUUGAAAAAGCUAAAUUUAUUGACAAUGAUGUGGUUUCAAAUGAUUCAGUGGACUGUGAUUCUGACUGGCAGCAGAGGGCAGAACUAAGCAGCAAGCAAGUUGAAGAUACAGAGAGAGAUGAUAUUUCAGAGGAUUCUUUGGAUGUUGUUUCUCUUCAGCUGCAAAGGAAGACUUCCAAAGGCAAGCAUGCUAAAUACAUUAGCGAAGAAGAUAUAAUUUCUGAUGACCAAAUGGAGAGUCAUUUUCAAAAGCGGCAAAGGAGAAUUCCUAAAAGCAGGCAAGGCAGAUACAUUACUGGAAAAGAUAUCACAUCUGAUGACCAACUAGAGCUGAAAGUGCAGAAGCAGCAACGAAGGAAUCCUAAAAGCAGGCAAGCCAAAUACCUCAAUGGAGAGGAUAUUGCAUCAGACGACCAAUUGGAGGGCCAUUUUCGUAAGUAUCAAAGAAGGACUCCUAAGGGCAGGCAGGCCAAAUGUGGGGCAGGGGAAGAUGACAUGUCUGAUGACCAAUUGGAGGAUCAUUGUCUGAAGCAGCAAACAAGUUUCUCUAGGAAAAGGCAAAACAAAGGCAUUGAUAGAGAAGUUAAAAAUGAAAUAUCUGAUGACCAAUUGGAGGAUCAUUUUCAGAAGCAGCAGAGAAGAUUUCCUAAGAGCAAGCAAAACAAACACACUGAUAAAGAAGUUUUGGAUGACUUGGCUGAAAAUAAUUCUCAUCUGCUGCAUAGAACUCCUAAAAAGAAGCAAGCUAAAUGCAUGGACGAAGAUGAUAUGAAUUCUGAUGAUGAAAUGGAAGAUGAUCAGCAGUUGAGGAGAACUCUUCGUAGUAAACAAUCGAAACCAAAGACACUUCAACAGAUGAAGCAAGCUAAUACCCUCCAAGUGAAAAAUCAGGCAUCUCGGCCCUUAAAACGGGGUUCUCGGAUACUUAUGAAAUCAAAGACUCCUCAGCAAACAAAACAGUCUUCUCAUUUGCGGAAUAAGCAAUCGAGCAACUCUCAGGAGUUUAGUUUACAUAUGGAAGAGGAGGAAGAAGGUGGACCGAGCACACGCCUUAGGAAGAGAGCCACAAAAGGUCAGGAAUCUGAAGGAAAAUUGAAAGGCAAGCAAACAAAAAGGAAGAAGGUGAAGAAUGCUACAGCUGCAAAGGUUUCGGUUGGCCAUGCCAAAAUGAAGGAUGGGGAGCCAGAAUAUCAGUGUGAUAUUGAUGGGUGCACUAUGAGUUUUGGGUCGAAACAGGAGCUGCUGCAUCACAAGAGAAAUAUCUGCCCUGUAAAAGGGUGUGGGAAGAAGUUUUUCUCACACAAGUAUCUGGUGCAGCACCGUCGAGUUCACGAGGAUGAGCGUCCCUUGAAGUGCCCUUGGAAGGGAUGCAAGAUGACUUUCAAGUGGGCGUGGGCUCGUACUGAGCACAUUCGAGUCCACACUGGUGAACGGCCUUAUGUGUGUGCUGAACCAGGUUGUGGACAAACAUUCAGAUUUGUGUCUGAUUUCAGUCGUCAUAAGCGAAAGACUGGUCAUUCAGCAAAGAAGAGUCGUCAAUAGCAAGUGGAAGAAUAGACGUUUAAUUGUUAUUUAACAUGACUUUUUAUGAAUUUAUGAAUCCAUUUCUCAAUUGACCCGGCUAGGACUAGGGUGUAGUAACAGUUUAGGAUGUCCCUGCAAUUGCCAUUUGUAAGUUAAUUACUUAAUUCUGUUUUCCUUUUGGGUCUUCAACCCAUUUGUUUAUUACAAUUAAAGCAAUUGCUUGGAUCUAGAAACAUGAUUCUCAUCCAGUUUAUAUCACAUGCCGCAAAUGUUGUUUUAUUGCAAUGCAAUUCCCUGGUGGUUGGUACGAAA